AUGGCCAAAGCUCAACAACUAAUUCAACAACAACAACUACUGAUACAAAGAUCCAAUUUCAUACAUUUUCCAAAUGAUAACAUUCAAAAUACUAUGAGUUCUACAAACACACCUGUUGUUGCUCGUAAUCAUAAUGCAUUAUAUGUCAGACCAGUCUUAAAUACUCAAUUAAAUUCUCGUUCAAUUAUAACUCCUACUCUUCCUAAUUUACCAAUGCACACACAAAGACAGGACAAUCAAAGAACAGUUGUUCAACAACCUCAGCAAUCAACAAAUAAUAAUAAUAUAAAUAAUGUUUCCAUACCUCAACAAACUCAGCCAUCGACAAUCUUUCAGCCAAGUAUCAAUCAAUUAGGUUAUUCUUCAACAUCAUUAGUGACACCUUCUUCAUCAAUUGCUCAAGCUAACAAUACAUCGAUAAUAGACAAUAAUAGCGGUAGUGGUAGUAAAAACAAUAACAACAACCAAUCAAAUUAUGGCACAUUUCUGACUACUAAACCAGAAAAAUUUACCGUUGCUUGUAAUGAUGUAUUUAGAAAACUCGAUGCUAAAGCUCGUGAAAGAAGAAUAACAUCCCGUGAACUUACCAAUCUUAGUGAUUAUGAGAAGGCAAAAAUUUGCGAGAAAUUGGAAUUACUAAAACCAAUGCUCUACAGAGCUGACGAAAUACUUACUUACUAUACUAAAUCUCACAUUGAUACACUAAAGUUUCUAGAAAUGAAAUACAUGAUCGAUGACCAAUUAAAAGCAUUACCUGGCAAAUACUUGCUUUCACUGAAACAAGCAGAUGAUUUGUUAACAAAAUUUAGCAAAUACUUUGAGUUUGUUGAAAAUACCAAAAAAGAAUUAAAUUUCACUGCUACAAAUAGCUUGAUGCCUGCCGAUGACCAAAUCAUACCACCUAUAGCCAAUAAAAUCAUUUCACUGACUGUUCCAAACAAGAAAUAUAAACUUGAAAAUGAUCAAGAAAAUAAAAUUUCUGAUUCACAUGAAAAUUUAAAUAAAAAAAGAAGGUUGGAAAUUCAUGUUACUGAUAGAAAUGAAAUCAAAAAUAACAACUCUGAAAAUGUCAACACUUACAAUAAUAGUAUUGACUCACCUAAAGAUUACGAUAAGGAGCCAUCAUUUGAAGAACUCUAUGAAACAAUAAGAAAGUUGAAUAAUACAAUGAAAGAUAACAUGGAUACUGGAGAAGCGACCAGAGGAGGUGAAGAAAAUCAUUUUUUUAGAACGCAUGCGGCAAAUAUCUCCAAUCUUGAUUAUAUUGGUAGCGCCUUGUCAAAAGCUGCUUGA